UUCAGUAGGACAGGCAGUCCUUCGGCUGACGGUCAACGCGAGCGAAAAGCCAGAAAAGAGCAGCAGCAAGUAUUUAGGCAGCACGGAAAAUCAACUAGAAAUAUAUAUUAAGCACAGAGCAACGGCAACGGCGACGGCAACAAGCGGCAAGAGGGGAGCAUCGACGGGAACUGAAAGCACACAAGCCAAAAGAAAAUAAAUAAAAAACCAACUAAUAUAAAAACCUAUAAUCAUCGCACAUCAAUUUGCAUGUCUUCGUUCGUUUGCGCUGAAUAUGAAGUAAACAAAUACAUGAGCCACGCCAUAAAUGUCAAACUGAGGUGUGCCGAUUAUCAUGGCAAGCAAUGUACAACAACGGCAGCAAGAUCCAUGCACCACAACUGAAGAGCCGAAGCACCAGAGAGCACGACGCGUGGCCAAGGGCCAGGAUCCACCGGCGGGAGGAGCAUGCCAGCAGUCCUUGGCUGAGCAGCGACCGACUCCAUUCGACCACCAGCAGCAGAGGGAGCAGCCGAGGCAGCAGGAUCGGCACCAGCAGGAGCAUCAGGAGCAGGGGAAGGAGCAGGACAGCCACCCCACUUUGCAGCAGCCGCACCUGCAGCUGCAGCUGCAAUCGAGGAAUCCUCGCCAGCACGAGCUACUGCAUCACCAGCGGAAGUUGCCGCCGGCGGCGCUGCCGAACAUCCGCGGCCGCCUGUUGAUCAGCGAGGGCGCUCGACGGCGCGAGGUGCGCGGCUGCGGGGCGGGGGGCGGCGGCCUACUCUGCUGCAGCCUGGACGCCCUGAGUCGUCCGCCCAAGCUACUGCAAUUCGGAGUCCUCCUGCUGGUCCUGCUGCUCACCACGCAUGGAGAUCUUGCUCAAGCGGAGGGCAAUGUUGGCUGCCAGUUUGUUAGGACGCUAUGCAUACCGCACUCCGAGGUCUGCUACGAUGACAACAUAUUCGGCAAGUGCAUCCCAACCACCGGUGUCGACGUUGAGGACAUUGAGAAGACACCUCUCUCCGAGGAGCAGUCCCGUGUGCUGGCCACCAUGCUGGAGGAGCUCCAGGGCGCCGGCCUAGGCUGGGACCACCCGUACGUCCAAUGCCGCAUCCAGGGAUCCCUCUUCUCGCUCCAGCGGCAGCAGCAGCUGCCACCGAACCUGUGCGCCAACCUGGCGCCUGCUCCGCCGGAGUUCGGGGAUCCGGCCAGUGCGAUGGCCUACGUGCGAUUCACGCCGCCGGAACCGGAAGCCGAGCUCGACUACUACGAGCAGCCGGCGCAGUUCUAUCCCGCCCUGAGGAAGAAGCAGGUGCGGCAGGAUGCGAUUGCGGAUGCGGAGGCGGAUGUGGAGGAUAUGUACCUGAACCGGAUGCUGCAGGACCGCCGGCGGCUGAGGCACGAUCCUUCGGAGUUGGAGCACUUCGGGAAGAUGGACAACCACGGGCAGAGCGACCAACUGGACGCGCCGAGCAUCAUGGAUACCUUUCUGGACACCGAGCGCCAGCGGAUCGAGCGGGAGCAGCAGAUGGCGGCCGGGGAGCAGAACGCGGAGCGGAAUCGCCAGGAGCUCUACCAGAUCCUGGCAGCCUCCGAGCCGGAUCCGCAGCCCUACCAGCGGAAUCAGCAGAACGCCAUGGACCAGCUGGAGGCGAUGGUGGAGCAGCAGCAGCAGCGGGAGCGGCAGCUCAAGGAGCAGCAGGAGCAGGCCAAGCAGCCGGUCUACGUGCCACCCGAAGAGGUGAACGAGUCCAGUGAGCUCUACUUCCCGGACAACUUUGCGCCCUUCAAGCGGACGAGGAGUCGCGGAUCGGGAGGAUCCUUGGGUGCUGAGCAAGUGGAGGAGGUGCAGCCCAAGCGAUCCUUCUUCCGCGAACUGGCCGAUGAGCAGGGAUUGGUGCAGGAGCCGCCUUUGAACUUCCACCACGCGGAAUCCGAUCUAGAAACCACUCCCGAGCUGGCCAAGCGACGUCCUGCGGCCUUCAGGCAGCCGGAUCCCUAUGACGCGGACCUGCAGCAGCGGGAACUGGCUUUCGAGUCGGGACUGCUGCGCAACUCACUCACUCCCCUCGAGGAGGAGGCCAUGCUGGCCUCCAACAGCUUCCCAAGGCAGUCGAAGAGCCAGCGCGUCUACACCGAAGGCGGGCUGCUCCUGAUGCCGCAGGAUGCCCAGGAUCUCGAUGGGAUGCAGGCCGACGAGCCGGAGAGCGUGAAGCAGUCCCUUCUGGCCAACAUGCUGGGCUUCGCCCGCCACGAGCGUCUGGAUGUGAAGAAGCCGGGUCCUCUUCUGGGACCCCCAUCCCCGGGCUCCUCGGAGCUGAGCAACCAACUGGAGACGGAGAAGGCUCGCCGACUGGAGGAGAACGGCAACAAGGAGGUCCUGCCCGCCCACAUCAAGGGCAACGCCGAGGACGACGCGCACAAGAAGAAGAAGGUGAUGAAGCAGCAGCACUCGGCCGAGGAUCAUGCGCCGCACACCGUAGACACUGAAUACGUGCAUGUGUUCGUCAAGAACCCAAUUGACAGUUGGAACGAUGGGCAGCGCAUCAUGAAGGAGCUGGAGCAAAUACUACACAUGCAGGGAUACUUUUCUUAUUUAACCGUUCAACAACACGAAGUGAGCUUCCGGGUGAACUCGAAUAACCCCGAGCGCAAGACGGCCGGCGAUGUGGCACGGAUAAUCAACGAGAACCGCGGCGUGAAGAACAACAUCCAGCGGCGCGUCGGGUUCUACGUGCUGCACGCCGGCGUGGGCGACGUGAUCAAGGACCUGCAGGACCCGAGUGUCUCCUCCUCGCGGAUCGAGCUGGCCGAGCAGGGGCCCGAUGUGACCCACAUCAUGGCCUACAUGUUCGCCGGCGCGGGAGCGGCCGCCGUGAUCGUGAUCUUCGUCACCCUGAUCCUGAUCAAGCGGCACGACCGCAAGCGGGACAAGCUGGGCGGCCUGCAGUCGGGCAUCGCCGGUGCGGAGACCUGCAGCAAGGACUACCAGGAGCUCUGCCGCGCCAGGAUGGCCGGCAAAUCAGGAGGAGGAGGAGGUGGCGGCGGCAGCGGUGGCAAUUCGGGCAGCGGCGCCGCCGGCGGAGGGUCAAACGAACCGGCGCAAAGCGGCAGGAUUACAUCGCUGAGCAAGGAGAACGAGGGCCGGCCGCCCUCCUCGCGAUCGAGCACCUCGUCCUGGAGCGAGGAGCCGGCGUUGACGAACAUGGACAUCUCAACCGGCCACAUGGUGCUGUCUUACAUGGAGGACCACUUGCGGAACAAGGGACGCCUGCAGCGGGAAUGGGAGGCUCUGUGCCGCUAUGAGGCGGAGCCAAGUGCUCGGGAGGCCGCUUCCCAGCCGCAGUGCGCGGGUCUGAACCGACCCGGAGCUCCCUUGCCCUACGACCAUUCGCGAGUGGUGCUGAACCACCUGGCAAACGCCGAGGGACUCGACUAUGUAAACGCAUCAACGAUUACCGAUCACGAUCCUCGAGCACCAGCUUAUGUGGCCGCCCAGGGUCCUCUGCCCUCAACUUUGGCUCACUUCUGGCAGAUGAUCUGGGAGCAGGGAGCCGUCGUCAUCGUGGCUCUCUGCCGCCUGCAGGAGAAUGGCGAGGUGGCCUGUGCGCGCUAUUGGCCGGAAGAAGGUGCCGAGGUCUAUCACAUCUAUGAGGUUCACCUAGUUAGCGAACACAUUUGGUGUGACGAUUACCUCGUACGUUCUUUCUACCUGAAGAAUCUGCGCACCAGCGAAACCAGAACGGUCACCCAGUUCCACUUCCUCUCCUGGCCCCACAUGGGUGUUCCCGCCCAGGCAAAGGCUCUGCUCGACUUCAGGCGGAAGGUGAACAAAUCGUACCGCGGACGACGCUCCUGCCCGAUUGUGGUGCACGGAAGUGCCGGCGCCGGAAGAACGGGUGCCUACAUCCUGUUGGACCUGGUCCUCGAGCGGAUGAACAAGGGAGCGCGGGAGAUCGACAUCGCGGCCACCUUGGAGCACCUGCGCGACCAGCGGGCGGGAGUGGUGGCCACGCGGCAGCAGUUCGAGUUCGUCCUGAUGGCGGUGGCCGAGGAGGUGCACGCCAUCCUGAAGGCUCUGCCGGCGAACACCUCCGGCGAGAAGCGGGAGCUGGACAAGGAUCCCGUGAUUAGCGGUGGCAACACCGGAAGCAACACCACCACAGCAACCACCGCAACCAAGGAGCCGCUCAAGGAGGACAAGGCGCAGGAGGCCGCCGAGGAGGAGGUGCCCACCAGCAGCUCCAAGGCGGCCAAAAAGGAGAAGGAGCGGGAGAGGGAGGAGCAGGCGAAGCAGGCCAAGGACACCAAGGCCGCGGAGCCGAGGACGCCAGCCAAGCCGACGAAGCAGGCGAAGAAGUGAGCCACUCCGAUCCGGGAUUAGAUCGUAUUGGAUCGGAUCGGAAUGGGUUAGGAUCAGGUUAAUGAUUGUUGCAGCGUUUCGGGGGUCUUUCCUUAGUUCGUUAUAGUUAGGAAAUCGCAUUCAGUUCGAAGGUAUUAUUUGGCGUGAGCACUUGGAAGGUUCGAAAAAGGCUUCACGAGAAUGUCAGUGGAAGGAUUUAUUACGCAUAUUCGUUUGUCUACACCGCGCCAUCGAGCACAAUUGCCGUGGGGAUGGAUUCUGGAUCCUCCGGGACUUGCCACGCUGCCCCGAUCUGCACCAGCCCGUGUGACGGAGUGCGUCCGAGUCGGGGGAUGCGGGUCCCGCGGCAUUGUGUGGCGCUAGCAACUAUAGAAACGCACGAUAUAUACAUUAUACCUACAUAUAGCGUAUCUGAGUGUUAAUGGAUAUACAAGAAAUAUUUACAUACAUACUUAUACUUAUAUACAUGUCUAGCUGUUAAGCAUUGAAUUCAAUUAUGAGGCAUUUUACUUACUCGUACUCGUACAUUUAUCGAUAUCGAUGUUGGCAUUAGACUUAAACUCCAAUCGAUGUGCUUAAAAAACCAGCAAACGAACGACAACAAUCGCUGAACGGUAUACAUAUGCCAAGCCAGACAGAACAGCAGACAGGAACACUAACACCACAGAGAUAAACUACAACUCAGACCUAUCUACACUGCAAGAAAAAGCCCACUCAAAGACACAUACAUAUUCAAGAGACAGACAUAUACGAGAAAAACAAAAAAACGCAGAGAAGGAAUGCAAAAUUUGUACCUAACAACAAAGUUCUAUUUACAACAUGGAGGGGAAAGUUUAGUGAGGAAGCAACCUAUUGAUGUGUAUGACAAUUAAUUAUACAAGGAUAUAGUCACGUUUAAAAUUAUAUUUGUAUACAAUAUACAUAUAUUAUAUUAUAUUAUUCAUAUACAAUAUGGUGAAUGUCAUUAUCUACUUAGCCAACCAACAACACGUACUCGAACUUGAUCGAGUCGAGUAUUGUUUUACCAGACCAUAUGUAUGUGUGCGAAGUCAAGAAAUUGUUCAGUUAUCAGUCGCUCCUAACAUAGGCUACACCUUUUACCCUUCGCAGUUGAUUAUAUCAUAUUAUACGAAUAUAUAUAUUACCGCAUUAGUAGGUAAUCGUCAGAGGAACGGCACCGCAGCACCUUCGCCUGUCCGCCCAUCGAUCCGCCGGCAUUAAUAUUACCUGUAUUAUUAUAUAGUACUCCCACGAACAACUUGAGGCAGCUAGAGUUAGCCGGGGGAUCCGAGGGGGUCACGGGGAGGGGCGGGAGCUGCGGUGCGGUUAGCAGUAUGUGCAACACGCAAGCUACGAACAUCACAAGAGAAAAAAGAAACAGAAAAAACCAAAAAAAAAUACAAGGAUGUAAUGGCCCCAGAAUUACAUCCUUAACAGCCUGGAAGAACAUCUCCAGGGAUCAGAACUCCACUCAGGCACGACCUUGAACGAAUCAAACGGACAAACAGGAAUCGGACCACGCAGAUAUAUCUAAUAAAUCACACGGUAAUAUGCCGUCGACAGACCGCAUCACACUGGACACUAAACACCCCAGGAUCGAGCACAAAGAUACAGUGACAAAGCUACAGUGAUCAGAUACAAUUACCGAUUAAGGCACCCGAUUAGAAAAAAAUAAGAAAAACCCAAAAAUACAAACGAAAUACGCUCAGAUUGAAGAUGACGUAAGUGCAAAUGCUGCAAAUUAGCACAGAAAUAUUACAAAAAAAAAAUAUCAAAUAAAUAAUAUCCAACCGUUUUACGUAGCAGUUGAACUUAAGCUAAUGAAAAUGAUUUAUCGUAGUUCGAAAUAUUCCAAGACGACAAAGAUAAGAUACAUUUCAGCUAACUUUAAGCGACAAAACAAAAACGUGAAUUAUUAUCUCGACGCAACUCUUAUUUGUUAACAUUUCCUUUGUUCGACACUACACUACAACUAAAAGCAAAUGAGAAAUCAAUAUUACAAUAACUGUGGCAAGUCCGAACAACAACUUGGGGCUUGCGAAAAAUACGAGGAGAAUUAUUAACGUGGUAGAAAAAACAAAAACAAGCAAAUUAACAAAAAUAUGAGAAUAGUUAAACUUAAUUGUUUUAGAGCAAAAUAUUUAGUAGUGAGUUUUUCGAUUGUUUUUCGAGUAAUUGAAGCAACGUUUUUUCAAAGUUAUUAAAAUACAACUACGACAAUUUCAAUUCAAAUGUUCUUCGACGAAAAUACAAAUUAAAUAAGUGUACUAACAAGCAACGUAAUGUAUCGUAUUAUAGUCAAUCGCAUAUAAAGGCAAUUAUUGAUGUAUAUUUCGACAUAACCAUAUGCAUAAAAAAAGUGUUAAUGAUUAACGAGGAAGAAACAACAACCAUGCGUAGAAAACUGAAGGGAACUUACAUAUAAUAUAAUAUAAUAUAACUAAUUAUAAAGCUAAUGCAUAAAUGUCUAACGGACUUUUCCAUUAAAUAUACAUAUAUUAAUAUAUAAAUGUAAUGUGUCAAAGUACCCGAUAUGAAGGGUUAGCUACACAAAAAUCAAGCAUUUCAUCAUGUCCCCCAAUCUAUUUUCUUUGAUGGUGUAACAUAGAUAUACAAAAACUAAAACCUAUAUCUGAAUUAUUGUUUAUUAGGCAAGAGGAAGCAGAAGAAGAAUACAUCUAAAUGAGAACCACACGAGGACAGAAUUUAACCUGUAGUUUGCCACAAAACUGAAGGUGGACAAAAGGAUGCUGGCCUUCAUUUGGCUUUUAACUUGCGACGGGGCAGGUCAAUCGGAUCGAGGAAAAUAGUGAGGAGAUAAGGAGAAUAUGACCUACCAUAGACCGACCUACUGACUCAACGAACCCAGAACGAGGCAUACAAAAUGGUUUGAGUUCCUAAAGCAACAUAACCCGACCACCAAGAUGAGGACUGACCCAAGGACCCAAGACUUGAGACCCGAGAACUGGCUGUAUAUACGCACAUCUUAACCGGACCAGCAGCUAAACCUGACCUUGACUUCGACCCCAGACAGAUACAGAUACAAGAUACAGAUACAAAUACUAACGGCAAACUGGAGCUGACCGAUUGGACGGAAUUUAGACUUAGGCCUACACAAUGAGAUUCAACAAACGCAGAUCGCAGUGCGGCUCGAUCCUGAGCUCCUCCCCCAAGGUUAAAGGUCAAAUGAGCGGGACAGAUCCGCAAAUAAAGAGGUCUUGAGAAGACGAACACUAACUAACCAACUUAUCAGACAGGAAGCCAAACUUGAAAUCUCAACGUUCUCGAUUUUUUGUUGUUGAAGGAUUGAGUUUGGUGACCGCGGACGAUAAUAUACAAAUACAAAUAAAUACAAAAACACAAUACAGGCUCCAAUAAAACGUGGGAAAUAUUUGAAGCAUUGAUCAGCAUGCAAAGCAAAAUGCAAUUAUUGCUGUCAAAUUCAAUUAAUUAUGGAGUAAGCUAACUAAAAAGAAUAUAAUACGAGCAGGCUUUCAUACAUUUUUGGAAAACCAAAACAAAGUAUCUGAUUAAGUGAGGCGUUUAGCGGAUAAGUGAGUCAUAAAUAAAAUCGAUGUGUAUACAAUAUGCUACAAACCAGAAUAUAUAUCUAUUUAGCCACUUGGCAAAGAUUUGUGUUAUUAAGCAAAAGAUGACGAAAAAAAACAAGAAAACCAAAAAAAAAGGUAAAAACCAGCAAAAAAUUAUGCUGGCUGAGGCCAUUAAUAUCUAAAUGUACUAAAACUGAUAAAAGCAAACAAGUUAAAGGACUUCUGAACAUGAGUCAAAAAAUAAAAUACACCGAACACAAGAUACACUCGAAGAAAAGAACAUGGAGCAUACCUAUUAAAGGUUUUUUGUGCAAAACUAAUUAACCUACGCAAUUUAAGUGUUUUAAACAUACAUAUUUACAUUAAACAUGCUACAAUUAUUUAUGAGCAUUAUAUAGCAACAUGUAUACCUACAUAAAUAUAUAUAUAUAUAAAUGUUAUUAACCGAUUUGAAUUUAUGAAGAACGAGGAAGGAUAUGCAUACCUAUAUCUAAAGUAUCGCGCCAUUGUGUAAUAUGCGCUACAAAUACAAGUUGACAAAAAAAUCACAAAACAUAUUAUAUUCUGCUGCAUGUGUAAAUUAUAUGAAUGUAAAUUAAACGAUACCAAAAACUGAAAAAUGCGAACACUUUUCGAUGAUAAACAGCAGGCAGAAGAAGAAGAAGAGAAGAUGAAGAAGAUGAUGAUGAUCCGGUAAUAAUUACGAUUACAAUUAUAAUACAACAAAAUCGAAUGAUAAUAAAGAGACCCUAAAUACAACUCCGCUUACCAGUAAUAUAAACCAACAAAACCACUAGCAAAAGUAAGACGAUGCCGAGCGAAGCAAACAAAACCUGUCGAAGGAACACAGAACUUUUCGUUUCCCCUGUACCCUUUAUCCCUGUACCCCAUACCCAGUGUUCACUGUCUGUGUCUAAGAUUGUAGAAACUAAAGGCUUCGGCGCCAAAAUAGCUUACCUGUCAUAGAGACCAUCUUGCCUGCAGCAAGUUGGCCCUCUAAAACAUCACUGUAACGAAACACCAAUCACAACUUAACAGUUCACGAAGGUACUGUAACUUACAUUAAUCUGUAGAGUUGCUUAUCGGAAGUAAUAUAGAGUUAAUCUAACCAUAGAACACCUAGCAUACCUAGCAUACCUAGCAUACUUAGCACAUAUGCACGCUUUCCCAUUCAGUCCUCUCAACACGCAUGAUUUCGCAUUAAUCCACCUUUAUUUAUUAUAUACUUCAACUUAUUUAAUUAUACUUAUAGAUUCUUAUGCUAGAUGCAUGGCCCCACCUCUCCGAAAACUGAUUUCCGAGACAUCCAGUAGUCACGUUCCCCUUUCAAACAGAACACAAGCGGUACUUGUAUGCCUGAAUACACCUACACAAUAUAAUUGUUACUUUCAGCAAAUGGUUGUCUUUAGAUUAUAAUUCGAACAAAGCAAAUUUGGCAAGUCACCCAAAGCUUCCAAGCGGGACUUUGUAGGGUCAAUAGCCCAGUGCACCCAAAAGCGUCUAUUCGAUUUUAGCAUAUACACUUUUCCAUUUAAAUUGUUCAUUGGCGUUAAAUAACAAACCCACUAGGUAAGCAUUUUCAAUCUCAACCGAGAAAGAAGUAAGUAAAUAUUCGCCAAAAAAUAUAAUCAGAGUGUAAUGGGCUUUGCACUUUUCUUUUUCGCAUUUUGUAAGCCAAAUGCACUGGGAGAAAGAUUUUUGAUCACAAGACACUAAGCUACUGCUAAGCUAAUUGCAAUACCUAAUCAAAUAACCAACAUUUAACCACUCUAAACACACUAAAAUGUUGAACGUAAAUAUUCAAUACACAAAAAGCUUGUUAAAAACAACCCCAGAGACAACAAAAAUUAAUAAAUUAAAGGCAAAAAAAAAAAAAAAAAAACAGAAAGUGCAAGCGGUUUUUUCAUAAAAUUUUUUCAUUCGAGAUUAAAGAAAAUAUGCACACCAAAAAAAUGUUUGUUCCUUGAAACAUAAUUAUAUUGACAUAACCAUAAUUUACCCACACAAACAAUAUGGAAAAUAUAAAUACUCAACAAUUCAAAUUAACCACCAGAGAAAGAUGAAAUCAAGAAAAAAAUCAGAGAUAUUUUCAAACUACACUGGAAGAUAAACUUUUUCGUCUCAUUAGAGAAUUGGCUUUACAUUUUGAAGUUAUUCGAUCUCAGCAGAGACUAAAAAUUCAACUAAAAAUGCAAAGGCAAGCGGUUUUUAGACAAUGUUUAAAAACGAUGCACUGAGAGAUUUUUUCGUCUCACUUAAGAGACCCGGCUUCUAAGCUAAAAAAAAUAUUCAAUAAAUAACCACAAAUUAACCACACUUAAAAUGUGCAACAUUAUAUACAUACUCAAAUGUUUAUUCAAUGAUUCUAUGUGUGUAAAGCAUUAAAAAUCAAAAAAAAAAAAAAAUUAGAAUGAGGCAACUCAAAA